CUCCUAGCAACUCGGAACCAGGAUCCUUUUCCUAGCAGGACGAGAAAACCCCAAAAAUCCCCUAGGCUGUGCGGGAUCACUUGUCUGACAGUCUGGACCCGGCUCAAGGUACACAGCUCUCCUCUCACAUCCUGCAGACAGGCAGCGAGUGACAAAGAACAGCUCACUAAAGUUUCCAGCAGCAGCAGCUGUGUGGUGCUGGAGAACUUCACUGGAAGGGCUGCUGAACAGAUCUACCUGGGCUGCGAGAUGUGGCGACGCGCUGAUGACUCGUGCUUGCGCUCUGCCGCUCUCUUGACAUGCGCGGAAGAAUGAGCAGUCGUCUGCUUUGUAAGCCCACCUGUGCGAACUCGAAGAGCUUGUGACAGGCGCAGAUCGGCUGCGGAUCUGAUUGAAGUGUGCAACGCCAAUGCAGAGCUGCUGAAUAAUAGGCUCUUUGUGCGAGGAGAAAAAUGGAAACAGGCUCCGUCUCCAUGCCCAGGCAAUAGCAGCGCUGUAGCUCCGAUGCCCCGGCUGCUCAGAGACAAAUGCUGGCCAUAGAGGAGAAGACUGGGGAGCCUCCUGAUCAACUGGACGAGACGAUAUGCCAGUCAGCUUAUCCCCAGCAACCUGUCACUUUGGAGGUGCCGCCUGGGGUCCCCAACACUGUCACAUUACGCACCCUGCCUUCCCCUAUCAAAGCUUGCCUGCUGUGCACUAUGCUGAGGCCGGUGGCAGCUCCUCACCCUGCGAUUAGCCCUCGCUGUCUUGUCAGUCGGGCUCCCAGCAGCCUGCUGGCUUUCUGGCUGCUCUCUCUUCUCUUGGGACUGUGCCAGUCAGUUGAAAACAAAUGUUCCUCUUCCAAUGCAGCUACAUGCACAAAAUGCCUUGCACUCGGACCAGAAUGUGGAUGGUGUACUCAAGAGGAUUUUAUGGUGGAUUCUGCAGAGAGUGAAAGAUGUGACACUGUUUUUAAUUUAAAGACGAAGGGGUGCCGAGCCCAGCUCAUAGAACAUCCGACCGUUCAGCUGCAGGUGGUUAGCACCAAGGAAGCUAACAGUCAGGUCACUCCAUCAGAAGUUGUUGUCCAUCUUAGACCAGGUGCUAAAGUUAACUUCAUGCUAAGAGUUCAUCGCUUGGACAAAUAUCCACUGGACCUGUAUUAUUUAGUUGAUGUCUCUGCCUCAAUGUCUACCAGUAUAGAAAAACUGAAAUCCAUUGGAUUUGACUUAUCUCAGAAAAUGACUGACUUUUCUCAUGACAUACGAUUUGGAUUUGGAUCAUUUGUAGACAAGCCUGUUUCACCUUAUAUUAGUAUUCAUCCUGACAGAAUAAAGAAUCAGUGCAGAGAUUAUAAAAAGGAUUGCAUACCUCCUCAUGGAUUCAUUAAUGGGCUGUCCUUAACAAACAACAUUACGCAGUUCAUACAAAUUGUUGGUAUGCAGAAGAUCUCUGCGAAUAUUGAUAAUCCAGAAGGUGCCUUUGAUGCUAUGCUGCAGGCAGCUGUUUGUCAUAAAGAUAUUGGCUGGCGAAAGGAAGCAAAACGUUUAAUUAUCUUGAUGACAGAUCAGACUUCUCAUUUAGCACUUGACAGCAAGUUAGCAGGCAUAGUCACUCCAAAUGAUGGCAACUGUCACCUCAAAGACAAUGUUUACACUAGAGCGACAGAUAUGGAACACCCGUCACUGGGUCUGCUUGGCCAAAGAUUAGCCGACAACCACAUCUAUGGGAUGUUUGCUGUACAGGGAAAAGUUUUCGAUUGGUACAAGGACCUCAUGCCGCUGCUGCCAGGAACAAUAGCCAAGCAAUUUGAUGCCACUGCCUCUGACAUCAAUAAUUUGGUGGCUGAGGCUUACAAGGCCCUCGUCUCAGAGAUGAAGAUACAAGUGUAUAAUCCCAUGAAGGGUAUUUCUGUAAAUAUCACUGCAAUCUGUCCAGAUGGAAAUAGACAUUCUGGAGUAGACGGAUGUCACAAUGUAAAAAAUAAUGAUAAGGUUCUAUUUAAUGUAACAAUUACAAUGGACAAUUGUGAUGUAGAAGGCGGACACAACUACAUCAUCCUCAAACCCAUUGGUUUCAAUGAAACCGUAAAAAUAAAGAUACACAGGACUUGCACAUGUCAGUGUAACAGCCCAUUAAGGCAAAAGGAGCAUAAGUGUAUAACUGAGGUCCAUCCGGACUGCCCUGGAGUUCCAUGUAGAGACAGUAACUGUAGCUUGGGAGAAUAUGCGCAUCUGUCAGGAACAUGUAAGCACUCCCCCACCGAACCCGAGUGCAGUGGUCGGGGAAUAUGUCUAUGCGGAAAAUGCUACUGUCAUGAAACCAAACUGGGAAAAAUAUAUGGGAAAUACUGUGAAAUGGAUUACUUUUCUUGUCCAUACAACCAAGGAAAACUGUGUUCAGGUAAUGGGGAAUGUGAAAAUGGCGUUUGUAAAUGCUUCAAUGGCUGGGAAGGUGACCGAUGUCAAUGUUCCUCAUCAAAGAAACACUGUAUGAACACAAAUGGACUUUUAUGCAGUGGUAGGGGGACUUGCAUGUGUGGAAAAUGCGAGUGCACUGAUGACAAAAGCUUUGGACCUUUGUGUCAAUACUGCUAUGGAUGUAGCAAUACUUGUACAGACAACUGGAAUUGUGAGCAAGCUCAACAUUCUUUGAACCGCACUAUCUAUCCAAUUAAUCCUUACAAAACCAAAUGGAACACACUGGUCUAUUAUAUGGAUCAGACUUCAGAAUACUUCUUAGACCCGUGGAACCUGAAGAUAUUUUUUAUUACUUUUAUUGCAACUUUCUUAGUUGGUUUCUUCAUUGUACUUAUAAUAAGAGCUAUUAUUCUGCAAACUGGUAACAGCAAAAGUACCUCUUCAUCUAGUUACAGGGUGCCUACAUCAAUGAAGGAUAAAAAUGGUUUGCACAAUGGAUACUCAAGUACAGUAACCUAUACCCGGGAGAAGCCGGAAGACAUUAUUAUCAGCAAUGGAAGCCUGGCAGUACAUGAAGCAUUAAAAUACAAGUUUGAAGAAAAGACACACGUGUAUUAG